UGCCUCAGUGCCCCGCUGGCUCUGGGGGCGCUGGGCCGCACCCACCCAGGGCCCGGCGCCCCCGCCCGCGGGCUCCGCUGGCUGCCGCUGGCUCAGGGAAGUUCGCGCCCCGGGGCCGCGGGUUCGAGCCCCGAGGGGGGCGGCCGGUCCGGGGCGGUGUCGGGGGCCGCUCCCGCCGAUUCUGGCGGGGGGUCCCGGCCGGGCAGCGGCGACCGCGGGCCCAGCGCACAUGUGCGGCCGCCCGGCACAUGCUCACUGAGCGCGGCGCAUGAGCAGAGGCGGCGCGGGGCCAUCGGACAUCUUGGGCCGCCCCGCACGGAGCGGGCAGCGCCGCCGGUCCCGGGGCGGGAGCAGCCGCCGCCCCCGCGCCGCCCGGCCCGCCCGCCCUGGCGCCGGCUGCCUGCCCCUCCCGCGCCUCCCCCGGGCUGCUCUGAGCAUCCCUCCGCCCCUCUUGCAUUUGUCUUAAUUCUUCUCAGAGACAAGAUGGCAACGCCGGCGGCGGUAAACCCUCCCGAAAUGGCAUCAGAUAUUCCUGGCUCGGUGGCCCUGCCAGUGGCUCCAAUGGCGAGUGGACAAGUGAGGAUGGCAGGAUCCAUGCCUUCCCGAGGAGGAAAGCGUCGCUCUGGAAUGGACUUUGAUGAUGAAGAUGGGGAGGGGCCCAGCAAAUUUUCAAGGUAUGAUGGUGAUCAAAUCACUGGUGAUAAGGAAAAGUUUGCAAGGGAGAAUCACAGUGAGAUUGAGAGGCGCAGGAGGAAUAAGAUGACCCAGUACAUCACCGAGCUGUCGGACAUGGUGCCCACGUGCAGCGCCCUGGCUCGUAAGCCCGACAAGCUGACCAUUCUUCGCAUGGCUGUUUCCCACAUGAAAUCCAUGAGGGGCACUGGAAACAAAUCUACUGAUGGAGCUUACAAGCCUUCCUUUCUUACAGAACAGGAGCUGAAACACCUUAUCCUGGAGGCUGCAGAUGGGUUCCUGUUUGUAGUUGCAGCUGAGACGGGAAGAGUGAUCUACGUAUCGGACUCUGUGACUCCUGUGCUGAACCAGCCUCAGUCUGAAUGGUUUGGCAGCACUUUGUACGAGCAGGUUCAUCCAGACGACGUGGAAAAGCUGCGAGAGCAACUGUGUACAUCUGAAAACUCUAUGACAG